AUGAUUGAUCAAUGGAAUGAUAUCGAAAGGGCAUAUAGUAUAUUAAAAAAUGAAGCAAGUAGAUCUAUUUUUGACCAAAUAGGAAAUGAAGCUUUCGAGCAUGAUAACUUUUCAAUAAUAGCAUACCGAAGCGAUCAAGAAAUCAUGGCUCUCAACUACUUUGAUUCAAAUAAAGCAUUUCAAGUGAAAGAUUUUGGAGGAAUUAUUAACUUUCCACUUUACCUCGAGUUGCAAGAUUUUAUGACUGGAAAACGAAAGAACUUCCAUAUAUUUCAAUCAGUCCCUUGCGUUUGCAGUCAAAAAGCAAAAACGUGUAAAAAAUGUCAAAGUUCUCCUUGGGUAUCACAAUAUCAGCACUAUACUUUAUCUAUUCCUAAAGGUACACGACCAAAUUCUCGCAUUUUUGCUAAAAACGUUACCGAUUCAGAGAAAUACCGUGGAGCUACAGAUGUAAUCUUUCUUCUGAAACCAAAACCCAAUAAAAACUUCAAAUUAGUCGAAUACGACCUUUAUAGUAACAUUACUGUACCUUUAGCCAGCGCAUUCACCAAACAGACGUAUCCAUUUAAGAAUCUUGAUGGACAAACCAUCCAAUUGACGCUCCAAGAUGUUAAGGAAGGCCAGCAAAUAACAAUUCCUGGAAAAGGAUUCCCUUAUCAAAAUAGUCCAAAAUCCCGCGGAAAUUUGAUUCUGACCGUCACAUAUGAGUUCCCACAUAAUUUAACAGAGGAUCAGAAAUCUAAAAUCAAAAAUAUUCUUUCUGAUGAUAUUUCCGAUUAUAAAUAA